UCUGCUGUUCAGCGAUGGUGAAGACGACAAGAUGCUCGUGUUCUCAACAGAUGAACAGCUGCGAGUGCUUCGAUCCGCAACAGUUAUCUACAUGGACGGUACGUUCACAGCAUGUCCCGACCUCUGGAACCAGCUGUACAUCCUCCAUGUCAGGAAAGGGACAAGUUUCAAGUGGACUUUGAGAUGGCUGCUAUUCGAGCUGUUGAGCUUGAGUUUCCAGCCGCUGAGGUUAAGGGGUGUUUUUUUCACUAUACGCAGGCCAUCUGGAGGAAGACGCAAGAACUCGGACUCGCUGUCAUGUACAGAGAAGAUCCUCUUGUAGAACGUUGGGUGCGACGAGCUGCUGCUCUCCCACUUCUGCCUCUUCGGCAAGUUCAGGACGCUUGGGUAGACACCAUGAACUCCUCCCCUGACGUCCCCGGCUCACAGACAUUCAACGACUACAUCACUACAACCUGGGUGGACGACGACGCUCGCUUUCCCUUGCCCAUAUGGAACCAUCAUGACACAUUCGGCCCCAGGACUAACAACAACAUUGAGGGGUUUCACAGUAGAUUGAAUGCUACACUCAGUCAUCGCCAUCCAAAGAUCUUCAGGUUUAUGGAAAUCAUCUGGAAAAUAGAGAAGGCAGAGAAGGCCAAGCUGUGCCAACUCGACCUGGGAGGCGCCCCUCAAUCGAGGAAACGCUUGUACAGGGAAAUAGACAAUCGACUACAUAGACUCAAAGAUCAACUUGCAGAUGGAACGAAAAAUCACAUGCAGUAUCUUGAUGCAGUCGGCAAACUGCUGAAAAUAUGA